AUGUCCCAAACGCUCAUCAGUUGCCCCAUUGAGCUCAUCAAAACCCGGGCCCAACUCAGAGCACAACCAGUCAUGACAUGCCUGCGAGAGACUAUCCGCAAAGAGGGAGGCCUACGAGCCCUUUAUAGGGGUUACGGUGCGACUCUGGCCAGGGAUGCGCCAGCGUUUGCCAUGUAUUUCGCGUGCUAUGAACUCCUACUCAAGAUGUCUGUGUCUAAGAAGUCCGACUCCCCGUCCACUCUAUUACUACUGAUGGCCGGGGGAACAGCCGGCGCCGUCUCAUGGUUGGCCAGCUAUCCGCUGGAUGUGAUUAAGUCUCGCAUACAGGCGGACACGACCUAUAGAUCGAUGAGACACUGCGCCCGACACUCCCUGUCCCAGGAAGGGGUCAAUGUGUUUGUUCGCGGAAUGACCCCUACGCUCGUACGGGCUUUCCCUACCAAUGGGGCCACCUUUGCAGUGGUCACCUGGACUUUGUGGUCCUAUGAGACCUACUAUUGUGAUGAUAAUCAUACGAAAAGUGGCCAAAAUGUACUCGAG